AUGAUGGUGGACAUUGCCUAUGUUAUGGCCCAGAGUCAAGUCAUGGUACCAAAGUUGGUUCAACUACUCCUGGCCAAGAACAAAACCAUCUCUUUCAAUGGUUGCCUGGCACAGAUUGGACUGAUACUUUUCAUUGGUUCAUCUGAAGCCUUUGUCCUCUCAGCCAUGGCCUAUGACCGCUACUCAGCCAUCUGCAACCCUCUGGUUUAUGUGAUGGUCAUGAACAAACAAUUUUGUUUCGUUCUGGCCUGUGGGUCUUGUCUACUUGGGGUCACCAUCUCCCUGCUCAACACCCUGCCUUUGUUGAGGCUGCACUUCUGUGGCCCCCACCUCAUCCACCAUUAUAGCUGUGAGAUGCCUGAGCUCUUACCUCUGUCCUGCACUGACCUCUUCCCUAACAAGAUGAUCUUGUUCACUUCCUUCUCUAUUAUUGUCAUUGGCUGUUUCUUCCCCAUCAUGUUUUCUUAUACUCAAAUUGUCUCUACCAUCCUAAAGAUCAGCUCAGCUUCAGGCAGGAGCAAAGCCUUCUCUACCUGCUCCUCCCACAUGAUCAUAGUGACCUUGUUCUUCCUGACAGGUGUGGGCCGAUAUCUAAGCCCUGCUACAGGCUCCAUCCUGGAGCAAGUCAUCUCCCUGCAGUACAGCAUUGUGACACCACUACUGAACCCCAUCAUCUACAGUCUGAAGAAUGUGGAAGUCAAACUAGCCAUAAAGAAAAUGUGGGAAAGGAAGAGUAUCCUCUCCGGCACCUGA